AUGGCUGCUGACGGAAAGUCGAAGUUUGUUGAAAUCCUUAACCUACUUCAAGAAACGCGCGGCGUUUCUUUGGAUGAGGCAGAAAAAAUCGCCAUUAACAGUGGCAAUGUUCUGAGCCAGUUGAAGACACUAGGCGAAACUUUGCAAACCCGUGGCCAUACUAGGGAGGCUACUGCUGUCAACGAUGUCCUUUUAAUUUGCGAGCAGCCAACUGAAUUAGGCGGCUUAGGGCUAGAUCCAAAUGGGACAAUAGCAGAGAAUGAAGAGGGGGAAAUUGUAUUUCUCGUUUCCGCAUGGCUGGAGUCCCUUAAUUCGACAGACAGGGCCAAAGCGAGGCCGAAGCCACUUCCGUCACGCCCAGAAGGCCGUCCGGGCAUGACACUGAGUGAGAAGAUCUUUGCUAUACAUGAUGUAUCUCAGAAAGGCUAUGUAAAAGCCGGGGAUCUGAUCCGCGUUGACGUCGAUUGGGUGAUUGCGUCUGAGGCUUCAUGGGCGGGCAUGGAAGCAACAUAUAAGCUUCUAGGACAACCUGGAAUCUUCCGAAACGACAGAUUCUGGCUUGCCGGAGACCAUGUUGUAGACCCUCGCGUCAAAGAAAUGCCUCAAGUCCAGCGCCUCAUUGACUCUAGCGAGAGAGCCAAGAAAAUCUUCAAAAUGACGGAAUACCAAGGAAUGAACUACACUAUUAUGCACACUGAAUUCUACAGAGAGCGUGCGCAACCAGGCAUGCUUAUUAUCGGGUCGGAUUCUCACACCUGCUCUUCAGGUGCCCUAGGGUGUCUGGCCAUUGGACUCGGUGCCGCAGACGUCACCUUGCCUCUGGUUACAGGCGAGACGUGGUUCAAGGUCCCUGAGUCCGUCAAUGUCGAGUUGGUCGGUGUUCCCAAACCUGGCAUAGGUGGCAAGGAUGUUAUUUUGUAUAUUUUGCAACAAUUGAAGAGAAAUACUGUGGCCUCUGAAAGAAUUGUGGAAUUCACCGGCCCGGGACUGCAGUAUCUAUCAUCGGAUGCACGAUUUGCAAUUUCUAAUAUGACUACGAGAAGACGGAACCCCAGACAUAAAUCGGAUAGUGUCUUUUUCAAGCCAGACGACGAUGCUCAAUAUGCCGAGAAACAUGUUAUAGACCUCGAAAAAGUCCAUCCAUUCAUCGCCAAGUACCCGAAGCCAGAUGACGUCGUGCCUGUGACCGAGUGUGCUGGAAUGGAUUUGGAUGGAUGCUUUAUCGGUGCUUGUACUACGGCUGAAGAAGAUUUGAUUCUCGGCGCACUGGUACUCGAGCAGGGUCUUAAGGCAGGCUUGAAGCCCGUUCCCAAGGGAAACCGAAAAGUUGUUCCAGGUUCGCUACCAAUCAUACGACGACUGCGCGAUCUCGGACUAUCUGAUAUCUACGAGGCUGCGGGAUUCGAAAUUGGUGUUCCGGGAUGCAGUUAUUGCGUGGGCAUGUCCGCUGAUCAGGCCAAACCAGGCGAAGUGUGGCUAUCAUCGCAGAAUAGGAAUUUUGAGAAUCGCAUGGGCAAAGGUAUUUUUAUCCAAGCCAACCAUCAUCGCAUCUUCAUUCAAUCUGGAUCCUUCGGUAACUUAGCUUCGGCGGCUACUGUGGCCGCAUCAUCUUUUGAAAUGAAGGUCACGGAUCCUUAUGAAUUAAUAUCCAAGGUCGACCUCGACCGCUGGAACUCACUCAGAGGCGUGGAAAAAGCAAAGCAGGGAGAGCAAUCGCCGAAUACAGUGACAUAUGUUGAGCCAAAUGGUUCUGCUGCUUCUCCCCCAGCAAAUGUAGACUCUGUUCAACAGCAAGACAAUUCCACCACUCCAGAAGUUCAACUCCAGAAGGCACCCGAUUCAGCACCGGAGAAACCCGUACUAAAAGGCAAAAUUCAGCGGUUCGGAGAUUACAUUGAUACAGAUGCUUUGGCACCCGCGAAUUGGCUGAUUUCAUGCAGGACCAAAGAAGCCAUUGCCGAACAUUGCUUGGAAUACACGCAUCCGGACUUCCGUCAGAAAGUCAAGGAUGGCUUCAACAUUGUUGUAGCUGGCACGGGUUUUGGGUGUGGAUCGUCGCGCGAGCAGGCGGUGCUAGCAUUGCUUGGCUGUGGCGUACAAUGCGUUAUUGCAAAGUCCUACGCGUUCAUCUUCCAGCGAAAUAUGCCCAGUCUUGGACUGCUCGGCAUCACCAUCACAGAUGAAUCCUUCUACGAUGCCGCAGUGGACGGUGCGGACAUCUCGAUAGAUAUCAACACCAACACCAUCCUGCUUGAUGGAAAGGAAAUAAGUUUCCAGCUCAGCACCAUGGAGAAGGGACUGUUUGACAACGGCGGCAUCACGUCUGCGUUCAACAAAUUCGGAAACCGGUUGUUUGAGGCGCUGACCACGCCGAAGAAUCUGGCGGGCACUGGCAGUCAGUCCGGGGGCGACGCUAAUCCACAUGCUAAAUUGCAGUGUCAGCCAGUAAGCUUCUCCACAAUGCGCUGUGAAUUGUCUUCAGGCGGCAGGCUGCCUUGCGCAAGGUGUCGGCGGAUGGACCGCGAGUGUAGAAUAGAGACGGAUUUCAAACGAAUUAACAAGCACGAAAAGCUGGAAGAACUAGAAAAGGAGCUUCGACAACUCCAGUCAUCAAUAAUAACUGGCGGUCAAUUGCCCGAGAGCAGUGUGCGAGAUGACCACUCGGUAAAUGCUCACAGUCCAGCUGUCGUUGAUCCAAUGGAAACCGAGAGUAGCCGUGAUCUUUUCCGCGCUCCUCUUCCCUCGGUCUCGUCCGUUGACACGUCCAAGUUGUCACCUUCGAAUCACCUAACAGCGAAGCCUGUGUCGGGCAAGUCUCUUGAUCGUUUAAAUCUCGAUCCUGAACGGAUCCAUAAAUUGUUCUUUAUCUUUUUUAACCAAUAUCACCCACAUUUACCAUUCCUCACUCCAACCGCCUCUCCAGACGUCUACUAUCAAAGGUCACCGCUGCUAUUUUGGACUAUUCUCUAUGUUGCCUCCCGACGAUAUAACGAGGAACCGGAUUUAGUCGUCAGUUUGACGCCAUCCGUGAAGGGACUGUUGUGGGAAUCUAUUGCCAAUCCUCCGCAUACAUUGGAACUCGUGCAGUCUAUCCUACUUGUAUGCGUGUGGCCGUUCCCUACAUCUUCGAUUACUACAGAUAAUACGUUUACCUUGAUAACGACAGCACAUGUGAUGGCAACACGGCUGGGUCUUCAUAGGCCGGAAGCUAUUAAAGACUUUUCUCGCACAGACAGGCGAUUGAGUCAGCCUGAAAUUUCCGAGUGUUUGAAAACUUGGGCGGCUUGUUAUAUAGUAUUCCAGUGUAUGGCGGCGAUGGAUGGCCAACCAUCACCCUUUUCAGAUUGGACAAUUGAUCGUCUCAGUAAACACGACAGUUCACCCCUUGUGCCAGAAGCAAUUCACCAACAAGUUAGGAUCCAUCGCUUUGAGGCCCGUGCAUGUGCUUCGAUUAACGGAUUACCAAAAUUCGCCGAGGGCGUAGCUCGCUCUGGAGAAAGCAUUUCACUAUUGGCAUUACUCGAACAGGAAUUUGUCGAGCUUUGCGAUAGCUUUCCAGAGAAGCUUACAGGUAAGCAACGAUUUGAACCGCUGGGUGACUCUGAAAAGGAAAACAGCAUCCUGCUCGACGGAAUGGGUCUCCGUCUCUACGUCUACUAUCUUAUCGAACCCAGUGGUAGCGAUGUUCGUAAAAGAUCCCUUCUUCGUGCAUUCAGCUUGGCAAUUGACAUGAUUCACAAAUUUUCAGCUGUGGCUGAAAGACCUAAUUUCACCGAAUGCGCUCCUCAGGUGUACUUCCAGGUCGCAUCCCUAGGCGCCAUGCUAAUACUCAAAAUAACAUAUUCCAGCUACUCCGCAUUUGUUGAUUGCGAAGAAGGGAAGCGAAUGUUCCAUGUCGCCACCCAACUGGUUCGUCGGAUGUCAUUGGAAGACAAUGAUCUUCCAGGGCGAAUGUCAAAAAUUUUGACCCAACUUUGGAGCGCGUAUGCUCGCGUUGGGCCAAUCAACGAGGAACCUACUUUGAAACUUAGAACUCGGCUAUCUGCAAGUCUCCUGCAUGAUCUUUUGUGGUGCUGGAGAGAGACAUUCGGCGAUCAGGGUCAUGGCACCGUUGCAAAUAACCCUUCUAACACGGGCAUGGAAAUUGACCCUUCUUUUGGGACGCUUCCUCAACCAGGAAUGGUUCCACAAGGUCAAGAUCCGACAUCCAACCUAAGCGGAGACUAUGGAUUCGAUAUGUUAGGUUUUGAAUAUAUGCUGGACUCUGAGUUGAUGUCACUGUUUCCGCUUAACUUUGACGGCAGUGCAUUAAUGACGAGUUGA